AUGGAGAGAGACUUGGUGCGUCCCGCCGUGUUGACCCUCUUCAAUCUGCUCUCUGCGCAGCUAACGGCGUUCCCCCAAUUUUCUCAGGCAGAAAAACAGCGCACUGUACGCCACAGAGAAAACAAGCGUAGAUAUCGUGCACGGCGACAAGAGUAUGUUGCAGACCUAGAGCGACGGCUCGCCGACGGGCGACAACAAGACGUUGCUGCCAUGAGGGAAGUGCAAGUGGCUGCGCAGAAAGUGGUCAACGAAAAUGCACGCCUCCGCGCGCUUCUUCAAGUCUCUGGGGUAGAGGACAAGGUUAUCGAGUCGUGGCUACAUGGAGAUGAGACGUGCGCGAGGGCACGGUAUAUGGACAACGCAUUGUCUCUUCCUUCGUCAAUCUCGACACCCAUGCUUUUAGCUCCUGUAAGUGCGAAGAGCUGUGAUUUGAUCAAGGGCCCCUGCUCAGAGCGGCAGCAAACUUCCUCCAAGAGCACUCAAACUUGUUCUACACUACGAUCUACCCCAUCACCGCCUCAGGCCUGUAGGAACGACGCUCAGAAGCCCGUCACAACCUUGCGGGUAGGCGAGGAUAGUGCUUCAACAUGCCAUGUCAGCAGCCCACUGAACAAGUCGGACCCAUCCAGAAUGAACGUGUCUGAGCAGAGCCCGCGCUGCAUGACCAUUUCGCACGUCCUGGGCCUGCCGAAUAUUCAAUCAGAGAACCCAGCUGACGGCGAAAUUGCAAGCGGCGAUGUCGAAUGCACCAGGGCAUACCAAAUGGUCAUGCCAUUCGCCACAAGCACAGACAAAGUCGAUACCAUUUCGAUGAAAUUGAAACAAGGGUGCGUCCGGGAUAAGAAAAAUGGAGGUUGCAAGGUUAAAGCUGACGUUAUGUGGGAAAUUCUUGAGAGCGCAAUGGAUGAUGCUUGA